CGCAACACGGAAGUAAACGUUUCUUGUGUUGAGGUUUGGUUUCACCACCAGUGAGGUUUAAUGUAACGCGGAUACUUCCAUUUCAAUAACUCUAGUAAGUCGCUGAGAGAAACAGCGGCUGUCGGAGCUCCUGAGGAAAUACACAGCAACGAAAUGAAACAGUUUAUUACGGUUGUGUUGCAGUUUUUGUUGGUGGGGCUCACAGUGAGUUGGGAUGACGGCAGUGUGCUGCUGCGGGACGUCCAGGUGCUGACUCUGUACAAGGGUCGCUACACCACAGCAAGGCGCUCCAGCCCCAUCCCUCAGCUCCAGUGUGUCGGAGGCUCAGCAGGCUGCCAGGCCUUCGUCCCAGAGGUGGUCCAGUGUCAGAACAAAGGCUGGGAUGGAGUGGAUGUACAGUGGGAGUGUAAGACUGAUAUGGACAACACGUACCGAUUUGGUCGCAUUGAGGUGAGCUGUGAGGGCUAUGCCCACCCCGCUGACACCUACAUACUGAAAGGCUCCUGCGGGCUGGAGUACACACUGGAACUGACUGCAGAGGGCCAGAGGAAGAACCAAGGUAGCUGGGGUUCCAAAAGUGGAUUCAAUGGAUUUGGAGAUCUUGGUGGCUUUGCCUCCAGUUUCUUCAGCGGUUUCUCUGGAAAAAAGCACCAGCAGAGCCGUCAGAGCUCGCACCCAUCCAGCAGCGAAGAUUCAGGAAGCCUGCUGGUAGUGGUCGUGCUUCUGCUCUUAGCCUACGGCGUCUACAAGCUGUUCCUCAGCGGGAACACGGCCCAGUGGGGGCAGAACGGCGGGCAGGCUGGUUACCCCAGAGAUGAUCACCAUGGCUCCACCGCAGGACCACCUCCCCCGGGUUUCAAACCGGAUUUCACAGGGUAUUCUGGUGCCAACCCAGGCUACGGUUUCCACAGUAACUACACUCAAGGACAACAGUACCCAGGAGGCCACACUGCUCCUGGCACAGGUGGAGGAUUCUGGACCGGCAUGGGGACAGGAGGGGUUCUGGGAUAUCUCUUUGGUCGUCAGAGAAGCCAGCCCCACAACCAAUAUUACCCCGGCUACACUAACAGCACCCCUUCUUCUACUGGACACACCUCCUCUUCCUCCGGAACACGCACUGCUUCAG